AUGAGCUCGAUCCACGAAGCAGCCGUGGCGGGUAAUAGUGAAAAACUGAAGCUGCUCAUUGAAAAUGGUGCAAAUGUAAAUUUAAAAGACUCGAAAGGUCUUCGUCCAUUACAUUAUGCAACAUGGCAAGGUCGUACGGAAUCAGUUUUUAUUCUUUUACGUUCUGGUGCUAAUGUACAUGAACAGUCAUUGGAUGGUGAUACACCAUUACAUUUAGCCAGUCAAUAUGGUCAUCAUGAAAUAGUACAAUUACUUUUAUUUCAUCAUACUGAUCCAACAAUAUUAAAUCGUCGUCAACUAACAUCAAUUGACUUAGCAUGUGAACAUGGACAUUUUCAUGUUGUGAAUUCACUUAUACAUAAUAAAUUAUGCCACCAAAUGAUUUUAAAUAAUCACAAUAAUAAUGAACAACAUACACCAUUACAUUUAGCAGCAAAAAAUGGACAUACGGAUAUUAUUCGUUUAUUAUUAUUAAAUGGAAUGGAUAUUAAUCGUAUGACAAUAAAUGAUGGAAGUGCAUUACAUGUUGCAUGUAGAAAUGGACGAUAUGAAACAGCAAAAUUAUUAUUAGAAUGUGGAAUUGAUAUUAACCUUCGUAAUUCCUAUGAGCAAACGGCUUCUGAAGUAGUGAUUAAACAAAAAAGUGGUAAUGAUAUUAAACGAUUAAUAAAAGAAUUUUCUGAUGCCAUAUUAGUUCGAGCUAUUCGAUCAUAUACAGAUAACCAUGUUGGUGCUUUGAAUUUUAUUGAAGGAGACUGUAUAACUGUUCUUGAUCGUAAUCCAACAGGUCAAUGGCGUGGUUUUAUUUUACAAGAUGAUCUUACAACUCGAACGGGUUAUUUUCCAAGUACAUAUGUUCAAUUGAAUACAACGAUAAUCAAUGGUAAAGAAAUUCAAACAUAUAGUGAUAAUCAUUCUCCUAUUGAUAUUGAUUCUAUGUCACGAUCAUCUCAAGUUGAUUCUGCUUUAACAACAAUUUCUAGUUGGAGCUCACGUUUGAAACGUCAUAGUCCAACUAAUAAUAUUUAUCGUCAUAGUGCAGCAAGUAGUAUUGACAGUGGAAGAAGCUCAACACUUCUAUAUGAUAGUCCAAAAACUCGUGCUUUAUCAAGUUUUAUGGGUAUUGGCGAUGCUCGUUCUAUAUGUAGUAGUGAAUCAAAAUCAUCUGAUCCAGAUAAAACAAGUUAUCGAAGUUCAAAUAGUAGUUUAGAUGAAUCUGGCACAUUAAAUAUCAAUAGACUUUUACGUAAUGGUACAUCAGAGAAUGAAAUUGUUUUUGCAUGGCUACGUGAAUUUUCCUAUGAAAAUUAUGCCGAGAACUUUAUAACAAAUGGUUAUGAUAUACAAACAAUUGCUCGAAUGACACCUGAAGAUUUAACAGCCAUUGGAAUUACUCAUCCAUCUCAUCGAAGAAAAAUUAAAAGUGAAAUAGCUCGAUUACAUUUACCUGAUGGUUUACCUGAUUUUAAACCAGAUACACUUUAUGAUUGGCUAUGCUAUCUUCGUUUAGAUGAAUAUAUGUCUUUAUUAAGUAAACAAAAUUAUAAAAAAUUAUCAGAUAUAAAAAAUAUUGCUUGGGAAGAUUUAGAAGAUAUUGGUAUAACACGUUUAGGUCAUCAAAAACGUUUUAUGCUUGGUAUAAAACGUUUAAUUGAUAUUGAUAAAGGACAUUAUCAAUCAAAUCCAAAUAAAAUCAAUUCUUCAUCGAAAAUACAAAUGAAAUCAACAAUGGAACGUUGUAAUUCUUUAGAACAUAAUGAAUUUAUUCAAAAAGCAUUCAUUCGAUCACCAGUUAAUGAUGAUUCAUCAACUUAUGCAACUCUUCGAAAAUAUCAAUUUUCACCGAAUUCUUCAACUAAUAAACAACGUAUCGGAUCAUCUGGAAUUUACACACCAACAUUAUCUUUUCGUUUACCACCACCAUUAUCAUCAACAACGAUAAAUUCAUCAAUUAAUAAUUAUCAAACAAUAGCAUCAAAUCGAACACGUAGUUUAGAAAGUAUUCAUACAAAAGAAUCAAAAUUAGAUACAAAUAACAAUCAAUAUGUGUCAGUUCCAUCUCAAUGUGCUCAACAUUCAACAAUGAUAAAUAAUUUACAAUUACUUAAUGAUAUAAAUUUAUCAUCAAGUACAGAAUCAACAAAUUGUAUUCCAUUUGCAAAUGAAAAUAUAGGAACAAUUAAGCAACGUUCACCAUUAGAUCAUUAUAAUACAUUAACAGUAAAACAAUCAUUUGAUACAAUAAAACGUUCAUUACCUAUCGAAUUUUUUCAACAAACAAAUAUUCAUUCAACAGCAACAGUACCUAUUUACGAUAAUAAUGAACAUUUUAUUCAUAAGACUACAACUUCACCUUUUAAACAAUUAAAAAAAACAUCAUUACCAGCAACCGAACGAGAUACAUCGUCAACAAAUACAGAUAAAAAUUUACAAUGUAUUGAAACAUCGAAAAAAAAUAAAGAAAAUAAAAUAAUCAAACAUGAUGCAACGAAUGUUUUAUCUGAUAUUGAUUCAAUGUUGUCUGAUCUUAAUCGUGAACUUGAUCAAAUGCUUGAUUAUGAAACAACGACUUCAAUUCGAUCUUAA